AUGUCCCGCUCAUUACUUCUCGGCGCAGCUUUGGCGGCUUCUGCGCACGCGCAGACGAUCUAUUACCCUACCAAUCCUCAGGUCUACCUCAAUCCGGAUGCGUCGUCGGCUUCGGGAACGGUGGCCGCAACGGCAGCAGCAGCGACAUACACCGGCGCCGCGGCCUACAACCCGACACAAUUGAACGUCCCGGCGGCACCAGAUCCCGCACCUGCAACCCAAUUCGGCGUUCAGCUAUACUCUGGCGGUAUGACGAAUUUGUCCAUCCCGCAACCAGGAAACUUCAUGGGCUUUUCCGUCGAGAUGUCCGUCUCUACUCAAAUUCUUGGCAAGAACAGUUCGGCGAUCAACGUUCCGUUCUUGAACUUGCUCGCGAACGUUGUGGCGCGCGCAGGAUCUGUGCAAGUUCGUGUCGGUGGUAACACUCAGGAGAACGCCGAGCUCAAGCCGGGUCCGUUCGAGAACAACACCAUCCUUACCAAGGACUAUGGCAACAGCCAGAACCCGACCGGUACUCCACCCAUCGAGUAUACACCGGAUCUCAUCUACAUGAUGAACAACAUCUCCGAGCUCGUCGGUGGUGUAUCGUGGUACCUGGGUAUCCCGUUCUUCAACAACACACCAUUCGACCUUUCCAUCGUCGAGUACGGACAGGCUAUCCUCGGUGAUCGCUUGCUGGGUCUACAAGCCGCGAACGAGCCCGAUUUGUACGCCGCUCCUCCUCGUACCCAUCGACCGACUGGUUACUCGCCUGCAAACUACUCCGCUGAGAUCGGUCAGCUCAUUGACCAGACCAAGAGCGACGACAAGAUCCCCCGCAAGGAUAGCUUGUGGCUGAUUCCUAGCACGUCUGCUGUGAUCAGUGACUUGGAGUGGAACCCGGAUGCUGUAUGGGCAACAGGGAUGGUCCAGACCUACCUGGAUAGCCUUCACGCUCUCGCGCUUGAGCGUUACCCGGAGAACAACUGUGUCGCCGUCUACGGUGGAGACAACCCCGUCAUUCCUCAGGACGUGCUUCCCAACUACCUCUCGCACGCGCCCAACGUACAGCUCGCCGCCGAGUACACGUCUUCUGCACAGAUUGCUGUGCAGAACGGCAAGCCGCUCAUCCUGUUUGAGACCAACACUGCGUCCUGCUCCGGUUUCGUCGGCAUCUCUGACGCUUUCGUGGCCGCUCUUUGGUCGGUCGACUGGGCUAUGACCCUUGCAUCGAGCAACUUCUCAAGCGCGCUCUUCCACGUUGGUGGUCAACAGGCGUCUUAUAACCCCUUCACUCCUCCGCCCACGAACCAGAGUCACUUCCGUCAAUGGACCGUUGGCCCUGUCUACUACUCGGCACUUUUCAUGGCUGAGGCAAUGGGCCCGAGCAACAAGAGCCAGGUUGUUGACCUCUUUGCCAAUGGCAACAACCCGAGCACCCCUGGCUGGGCUAUCUACGAGGACGGCAACCCCACGAAGCUCGUUCUGAUCAACUACCUCGAUCCUUCUCAGGGCCAGAACGACCUCACCGUCAGCCUGUCUAUCGGCGGUGGACAGACCGGUCAGCCCAAUGCUACCCCCGGUCAGGUCCGCGUCAAGCGUCUCAGUGCCAGCUCGGUCGUUCAGAAGGGCAACUUUACAUGGGCUGGUCAGACUCUUGGCAACAACUUCCAGUCAGACGGUCGUCUACAGGGUGAAUCGCAAGUCGACACCGUGCAGUGCGACACUGGCAACAACGUCUGCCAAAUCACGGUUCCCGCUCCGGGUGCCGCGCUUGUCUUCCUCACGGAUGAUGCGCUCAACUCGGUUACGCCCGACCCCAAGGAUACAGUCACCUUCCCGACGACCUUCGUCACCGCAACCGUCAACACUGCGACAGUCGACCCUAGUGUCCUCGCCACGAGCAAUGGCCACAACGACCUCGGUAGCAAGGAGUACACCACGAGCCCGAAUUCACGCGACAAGAACGCCGCGAGCGCGAUUCGCACGGGUGUCGGUAUGGUGCUCGGCGCUGUCAUCGGCGCGUGCGUGCUUGCGAGCAAGCUUUGGUGA